AACAGCCAGAAUGAUCUCCUGCCACCACCACACACCCGUCUUGACCAGCUACAGAAGCGAUCAGAAUUUUUAAAAAUGCCACAGAAAUGUUGAAUUGCAACAAGCCAGGGCAAAAAAUUCCAUAGAGAUCAGUCUGAUUUGUUUCCUGGUUUUUCAACCAGGCCUUAUGAAGGCCAUUAAAAAACAAGCUUUCAAAACUAUGAAUAUCCUGUUAUCUACACCACUUCCUCUGUUGAGCAACAAAACCUUCCCUCUCCGUAAACCCUGCUCGGUUUCAGUCACACACACGCAGAAUCUCACCUGCUCUGCAGAGUUCUUAGGAGCAGAAAAGAGCGAGGGGAAUUUGCACACCACCUGGGGGUUAUAUUAUUUACAGACCUUUCAGCAGGGGAGUCACAAGAUCCUCCUGUCCAACAACUCUGAGCUCUUUGCCUAGUUGGUCUGGGUAUCCGCUAUAUAGACUGAUUACUCCUGGCUCAGCAACCUGUCCUGUCCUGUCCUGCACUGCCACGAUGCUUGGACCUCUGCCACCUUCCCUUCUCUUCCUCCUGCUGGCUUUCCAAGCUGUAGGAGCCUCCGGAGAAGAGUUGGGGCCCGUGAGGCUGAACGGGAUUUGGGGAGAGUCGGUCACUUUCUCUCUGGUGGUUCCAAGAGGAAGCCGGGUUGACAGUAUAGUCUGGAUCGCAAAGUCAACUAUAGCAAUUGUGGAACCAGGAAAAGAAGCCCCACCCCUAGUGAUAGAUCAACGUUACAGAGAGCGACUGAGAGUCCCGGACGGGGGCUACUCAUUGCAAAUCAUGGACCUAAGCCAGGAGGACACGGGCACAUACACGGCACAAAUAACCACAGAAGGAACCACUGAGCCCAUCUUCCAGAGAUUCGCCCUGCACGUGUACAAACGACUGACAGAGUCCGACAUCAACAUCGUCCCCGGGCAGGACUCCGUGCGCACUGUGAAUGGGACGUGUAACGUCACCCUGAACUGCUCCCUCCUGGGGGGAGGAGAGGAAGUGACCUACACCUGGACCCAGACAGCAGAGAGCUCUGUUGUCUCCAGUGGGGCAUCCAUUCUCAUCUCGCACAGACUCAGAAGUGGGGUCUCACCUGUUACCUGCAUGGCCAGGAACCCUGUCAGUAGCAGCUCAAAAUCAAUCUCCCCACAGGAGGUUUGUGAAGGUUUCUCCAGCACUGGCUUCCCAGCAGGGUCAAGCAGCCCAGUGACCUAUUGCCAGGUGAAGGGGAUUCUCCUGCUGGUGGUGCUAGGAGCCCUGCUCACAGCCAUCGGCAUGGUGCACGUCCUCACCCGGGACAAAGAGAGGCUGGAUUGAGCGAGCCGAAGGGCCAGUGCAAGGAGCUUUCCUUGCGGCUUGUGGCGACGUCUGCGUCUGCAACGGGGUCUUUUCACUCUCCUGCUGCAAACCGGAGCCGCAGCAGCCCAGCUGUCGAUGGGCCUGGGUUUGGACCCAUCCCUGGUCCUUUGCCCUGCCGUGCUGGGGCUCAGAUGGGGAGGUCGGGACUAGAGAAACUCAGCCUCCAGAGCCCCCCUAAACCUGACUGAGAAUGGGUUGCCACCACCUCCUGGCUGGUGCGCAUGGUGCUGCAGGUGCUCUGCCUCAGUUUCUCCAUUCUAGCUUUCCCCACCUGCUGUGACGGUUCGCCUGGCUCACCAGUCUGGCUGGGUCAGUGCAGAAGCUCAGUCCCCUUCCAGGGUAUCGGAGUCCAACCAGACACAAGAUAUAGGAGCCUUUGUCCCAGCUCGGCUUAGUUCUCUGCCCCUUUCCCGUUACCCAUCUGCCCACCCCCUGGACUCAGCUCGCAGUCACUCUCCUGCCCCUGCAGGGCCUUACGUUAGGAAUCAUCCCAGGUACUUCCAAGCAGUCUCCUGUCAGGGCCUUCCCUCCCCCCAGGGAGGCCCAGUCAGGUCUCCCAGUUUCAAUCCCUAGCCCAGCUCCCCUCUCCCCGUGAGGGCUGUUGGGUCCCUGCUCCUUCCCAGCCAGCCCCCUGCAGGGCAGGGUCUCCCCUUUCUUAGCGUCUCCCUUCCAGCCUGGCCCUGCUACAGGUGCGGUGGGCAGAGCUGGCUGGGCUCACAGCAGCCAAGUGACCCCUCGAGCUUCCUGCGGUGUUUGGAUUAUGGGUUUUAAGCAUUUUUCAGUGUUUAUCAAUUUAUAUAUUCACAGUUGCAGGACAUCGGGGGGGAGGAGGAUCAGAAAGUGAUUCUUUAAUGGCAGACCUUGAGAUGCAAAACGUUAAAGCUUUAUCGUGAGAGAGAAGGAGGGGGCGUUGUUAUUGGGCCGGAGGCAAGCUUUCGAAAAGCUCUGGGGUAGCUCCAGGGCUGGUCUCUCUGCUCCAAUAAAAGAUGUGCCCUCACCCACCUUGUCUCUCUAAUGUCCCAGGACCGACGGGGCUACAAGACGACUGCACACCCAGCUUUGUCAUUGUCCAUUUUGACAUGCAAUGUUGACAGCGUAAAUAGCCGUCAAUCAACUUCUAAUAUGCUCUGAAGCAGCAGGUUUCUUACCCAGCCUAGCUGUACAUUUCAAUCGUUAUUUUUGUGAUGGUUGGCAGCAUGACCCCCAUUCCCCAGGACCCGGAGAAAGAGAUGGGUGUGUGUGGACAUCUGAUAGACAGCAUCAGCCAUUCAAUGGGCUGUAAUGAGAUCAACAGCCUCCCGUGAGGCUCUGCAGAAAACCCCUGUAACAGCUGUAACCUACUCCAGACAGGGAGGGCCUUUGUCCCCAUCUAGCCUCUGCUCCACAUCAAAGGGUCAGAGCCUCCUGCUGCUGCCAGAUCUCUAUCCCCCAAUAGCUGAUGCAUUCAAAAGCCAGACCCGGAUCCAAAUCUGACAAGUGGCCCCUCCCUCGGCAAUAGCCCAAGCACAGCCCCAGGGCUGAAGGCCCGGCCACGAGGCGCUGGACACCAUGAUGUGGGAGGAUUUGGGCCCAGCUCCAUAGGAAAAGGAACGGUCCCCUCCCCCAGCCCGGGAACAGCAGCGCCCCCUGGUGUUUGAGAGAACAUGUCACAAGAGCUGGGGAGGGGACCUGGCCUGGUGUCCCCGUGAUGGGGCGUGCGGUCGAUCUGGUCCUAAAGGCUCCUGUUCUUCUCUCUCGUGGGGCAGGGUACGGCAGAGCAGAGGCAGGUGCGAUGGAGCUGAGCGGGAUUCUGGGAGGGUGGGUCACUUUCCCUCUGGGGAUCCCAGCGGCAGAGCACUUCGAGAA